AAGGGGGCGGGUAGGUGGCGUCACGUGAUCGCAGUGGACGAUAACUAACUUGAGUGUUAUGAGCGGAGCAGUUACUACAGUAGAAGUCACUUGCACAGGAUAUGGCCCAAGGAUUUGGUGUAAUGGCAGACGAUGGGGCCAUUGACUACUCUGUGCAUGAAGCCUGGAAUGAAGCCACCAAUGUCUAUUUGAUAGUGAUCCUUGUGAGCUUUGGUCUUUUCAUGUAUGCCAGAAAGAACAAAAGAAAGAUCAUGAGAAUUUUUACUGUGCCGCCAACAGUGGAACCUGCGUCACAGCCCAAUUUCUAUGAUGACAUGAAGAAGAUUCGCCUCCGCCAGCAGUUAGAAAUGUAUUACAUUGCACGGAAACAUGAUCAACAUAGUCAAAGUGAGAGCGUUGAAGUUACUAUGGAGUGACAGGUGGAUGAGGAGACUACAUGGAGGAUCCUUGAAGCCCAGUUCCACCUUAAAUUCAGAUGACAACUUAAAGCCAAAGGGACUAUGGCACUUGGUUUCUGAAACUGUACAUACUGUCUAUAUGCAUCGUUCUGGCACAUUUUUUUGAAUUGUAGAUCCAGCAGGAACGUGGUCAAAGCUGAAUAUACUUUAUACAAUGUAGUUGCUCCUGGGGUUAAGAUAAACCUGAUGAGACACAUAUUACAGGAUUAUGGCGCCACAUUUUCAAAUGUACUGACAACACCCUGCUAUUGGAGCAACGGUUGGAAGCCCUUAUGAUAUAGGUGUAGUGACUUUCAGAUGUAGGUCAGAUCCAGCAGUAAAUCCAUUUUGUCAUGAAUUAUGUAAAAAGACAUUAUCCAUUUGUACUGACGGCGAUGUUAAAGGGUCACUGAGUAUUGGUAAAAGUUUUGAUGUCAUAGAGACAUAUAUCAAAAGUUUUGAUCGGUUGGGGUCUGAGUUAUGAGACCCCCCCCCCACUGGUUGCUGGGAUGUGGAGGGAGAAGCGCUAGUAUACUGCGCACUCUUUCACUGCAGAGGACAGAAUCGAGAUGGACCCAUAGACUUCUAUUGAGCCCAUUUCCUGCAAAGAGAGAGCGUGAUAUUAGCCUGCUUCUCCCUCCACAUUCUAGCGAUCGGUGGGGGUUUCAGUGCUCAAAACUUUUCAUGUGUCUCUAUGAUGUAUCAAAAGGUUUGCCAAAACUCAGUGACCUUUUAGGGUGGCCAUUCACAUUAGAGACAGCUGUUCCUCCAGACCUGGGACCGCCAUACAGAUGAGAUGGUCUCCUAGACUGCUGAAAUUAACGUUGGUUCAACCCAACAAUGUAUGGGCAUUUUUAGGCUGCAUUUAUAAUGGAAACCACAUGUGCUUGGUAUUACAGCUGUU